GGAAUCUCCCCCGUAAUCCUCCUUCCUCCUUAUCACGCAAUAGGGCUUAACAACGUCGGAAUCAUCUUCGAAGGCAUGUCUAUGUCGGGGGAGCAGCGAAAUCGACAAGCCUGUGAACCGUGCAGACGUAAGAAGUCUAAAUGCACGGCUGAGAGGCCAGUGUGCUCGUUUUGCCAUCGUCUAAAUCUGCAAUGUGUCUACCUCCCACGAGAACAGGCCAAAUCGGACGAACGUGGGAACAGAGUGACGAAGGCAAGGUCAACGAAAGAGCGAUUUCAAGCCCUUGAGUCGGAGAUCAGUAAGAUCUACGAUAUCUUGACCUCUCUCCACACCCACAACGAUGCAGCGGCGCAUGAAGCUUCAACAUCCCGGAGCGGAGAGCCACGGGAAGACUCUUCCAUCGAGAUUCCAAACACGCUCCCACAAGUAGGAAACUCUAGGACUAGUCCAAAUUUUGAGCCAUCAUGUCUCGAACACCCAGUGGAGGCUUUAGAUCAUUUCGUGGAAGUAUAUCGCACCAGGAUACAUCUCCAACCAUUGCCCUUAUUUAACCUUGAUGGUCUACGAGAUCGCUUGGUGACAUCCUCCCGAUUUCUUCUUUACAGCUUCCUCGCUCUCUCCUUGAAUUUUGGCAGCCAUGAAUUUUAUAGAGGCAGGGAACAAGAGGCUAUCGAGCUCUAUACUCGCUCCGCAGAAGAUGCGACCAUGAAGUUGGCUGUGGAAGGCAUCUCGAAGAUAGAGGUUAUAGAGUCGCUAUGUAUACUUGCUCUAAAGGACUUGAUUGGUCAAAAGCCGGCUCGUGCGUGGAUGACAAUCGGAACUGCCUCACGCCUAGAUACUUUGCGAAGAUUAACACGCCAUUGUACUUCUGAUGCACAGACCGAAGAUAGGAGUGCCCGAUGUCAUUGGUCUGUGUUCAUACUCGAAAAGGCCUUUUCCCCCCAAGUAUUAGAUCUUUCGUCAUCUCAAGAUACGCCUGAUUAUCCCCUGAGUGCCCCCUUGCCAGCCUCACCGCCAGGCUACCGGGAUGAAAACUGUCCCCCUGAUCUACAUGUUUCUGAAGAGGUUAAUAAGGACCUCGGCAUCAAUGCAUAUCACAUAGACAUGGUCUCAGUGUGGGGCGACCUUACGCGAUACUUACAUGGGAUACGAUCUGGUAACGUCGAAACGCCUUGGUUGCCCGAGUCAACGCACGCCAAGCUCAGUGUGAGGCUGUAUGAGUGCGAAGCCAAAUUACCGCAAAGACACCUCCUGAGAAAUGUUUCUUUCUCCAAGCGAUCGAUAGCUGAAAUUAUGCAGGAAAAGGAAUACUGGAGCCCUUGGCUGGCUAUGCAAAUGCUCUCCCAUGCAUCACCGGCUAUCCUGAAUCACCCAUUUAUCCAUUUAGUCGCGAUGCGUGGUAAUCGGGGCGUGCCUCAAUCACGUCUGUUUCUUCAACAGGCCGUGGAUCUGGCGUUGUUUCAUUCCGGCUGGGUGUUCCAGUUUAUACAAUUUUGCGAGAACCUUCAAUAUGAGAUCAACGAUCCAUUGAUUGGACACGCAGUUGCGGCGACAGCAACUAUACCAUGGCUUUUCCAGUUUGCAAGAGACCCCAAGGUCUCAAAGAGAGCAUGCGAUGACCUUGGCAGGUGUGAGAGAUUCUUGAGCCGUAUUUCCUUAACCUGGCCACAUAUUACUCACAAGCUCGAGAUCCUUCAGCGCCUCCAAUAUGUUGCGAAAGAAAAGCUCCAGGAAGUACCGGGCGGUAGUAUAAUGAUAUCCUUCCAACCUCAAAUGCUCUGGGAGCUCCUCGAUCCCAAGGUCUGCCAGGUGCCACAAGACGACCUUGCCUCGCAAGGCGGUGUCUCACAGCAUUCGGAUGUCCCAGACACUAGGAUGCGAGUUACCACUCAGUUCGUUCACCCACUCUUAGAUGAGCAAGCUGAACAGUCAAAUCCCCCCAAUCCUGCCGGCAAUGCUAUGUACUCCUUUCCGCCAAGUCCAGAGGAUCUUGAGCAGGUCUGCCUGGAUGAAAUCCUUGCCCACUUUCCACGCGAGGAGUUCUAUUGGCUAGAGGGAUAGGUGUAGGGAUUAUGUCUCCUUGCCUUGACGAUUGCUUCAGAACCAUUAUGAUGACAGAUAUUCUAUAUUGUUGUUGCCUUUUUCCUGCAUCGUAGUCCGCCACUACUUGAAUUGUUGAUUUGUGUCUCCUGUCUUAUAUUACCUCAGCCACUACCGUACGGACUCGAUCCCCU